UUUGACGCGCGGCUGUCCGGCUCUGGCGAGUCUGACACCAACCGACGUUUGUCCGCUUGAAGCUCCGCUUAAAGCUGCCCCUUGCGCCACUAUGGCCCCGCCGCAGAGCUGAGGCGGCCCCGCUUUCAACGCUCAUCUUUGGCAUAGCUAUCUCUCCAGAGGCCGCAAUGAGCUCGGAGGACGCCGACGAGCCGCGGGACAGGGCCGGUAGCAGCAGCAGCAGCAGCAGCAGCAGCAGCGGCGGCGGCGGCGGCGACAAAGAGCCCGACAUGGACGGCUCGGACCGCGACGGAGGCCUCGCCCGGAGCUGCCCUCCCUCCCCGUCGGCAACGAGCGCGACCCCAGAAGAGCGUGGAGAGCCCGCCUCCGGGCCUCGACCGGCUGACGGCGGCGGGGGUUCGGGCUGCGACGCCGGCCGGCCGAGGAGUCUGUUCUCCUGGCUUCAGAACAGGUCCAUCAGGCGGGGCGUGUUCGUGGACCCGGUGCGGGACAACUUUCGGAUCAUGACCAGCUUGUACAGCUCCAUGAACCCGGCGGCUGACUCGGUCAACCUGAGCACCAAGACCCACGGAGCCGUAUUCAACCUGGAGUACUCUCCAGACGGGUCCGUGCUGACGGUGGCCUGCGAGCAGACCGAGGUCCUGCUCUUCGACCCCGUCUCGUCCCGACACAUCAAAACCUUGACGGAGGCCCACGAGGAUUGUGUCAACAACAUAAGGUUCCUGGACAACCGUCUUUUCGCCACGUGCUCGGACGACACCACCAUCGCGCUGUGGGACCUGCGCAAGCUCAACUCCAAGGUGUGCUCGCUGCACGGCCACGCCAGCUGGGUGAAGAACAUCGAGUACGACACCAACACGCGCCUGCUCGUCACCUCCGGCUUCGACGGCAACGUCAUCACGUGGGACACCAACAGAUUCACGGAGGACGGCUGCCCGCACAAGAAGUUCUUCCAUACGCGCUACCUGAUGAGGAUGCGGCUGACGCCCGACUGCUCCAAGAUGCUCAUCUCCACGUCGUCGGGCUACCUGCUCAUCCUGCACGACCUGGACCUCACCCAGUCGCUGGAGGUGGGCAGCUACCGCAUGCUGCGAGCCAGGCGCACCCCCCUCACGUCAGACGGAGGCGCGCUGGCGUCCCGCUCGGCCGGACCUCGCCACGGAAACGACUCCGGCAAGCUGCACCCUCACAGAGAAGGCCUUUCUCCGAGGAACAGCCUGGAGGUUCUGACCCCGGAGAUCCCGGGCGAGCGGGACCGAGGCAGCUGCAUCACGUCGCUGCAGCUGCACCCCAAAGGCUGGGCCACGCUCAUCCGCUGCUCCAGCAACAUGGACGACCGCGAGUGGACGUGCGUGUACGAGUUCCAGGAGGGCGCGCCCGCCCGUCCGCCGUUGUCGCCGCGCUGCUCCCUGCGCCUGACGCACUACAUCGAGGAGGCCAACGUCGGCCGGGGCUACAUCAAGGAGUUGUGCUUCAGCCCGGACGGCCGCCUCAUCUGCUCGCCGUACGGCUACGGCGUGCGUCUGCUGGCCUUCGACGACAGCUGCGGCGAGCUGGCCGACUGCGUGCCCGUGCAGACCGGCUGCCUGCGCGAGGUGCGCGCCAUCUACUCGCACAGCGACGUGGUGCUCACCACCAAGUUCUCGCCCACCCACUGUCAGGUGGCCUCGGGCUGCCUCAGCGGCCGGGUGGCGCUCUACCAGCCCAAGUUCUAGCGGAGCGCGCCCAGGUACGCCCGCGUCGUCUGUGCGCACCUUUCUGCGCGGGAACGUUUGUUUUAAAAAACAAAAACAAAAACACAAAAAAGCGUUCCGACCUGAGCGCCGACAAAGGGACAUUUCGUUUCAUUCGGACCGGCAGCGCCGACACUCGGUACCGCCUUAAAUUGCAGAUUUAAAGUGGACCUUUUGGGCAGCACGCCGGACGAGCGGUUAGCAUGUCUGCCUCACGGUUCCGAAGGUUCGGGGUUGGAAUCGGGCUUUCCUGUGUGGAGCGUUCUCAUGUGCUUCCCUCGCUUACGGGGGUUUUCUCCGGGUACUCCGACUUCCUCCCGCGUUCCGAAAACAUGCGCGGUCGAUGAUGAUGAUUGAAGACUCGAAAUUGUCCAGAGGUGUGAAUGCUUGUUUGCCUAUGCGUGCCCUGCGAUCGGCAGGGUCUGCCACAUACGACUUUUUACUGGAGGGGUGGGGGGGGACAAUUCUCAAGAAAAACAGCUUUAUUUCUGAAAUAUUAAACCCUUUUUUCCUUGACAAACAGUAACUUAAAUCUUCUGACUAGAUUGGAAAAAGUUACUUUUUUUCUAGAAA